CGUGGCAUUGUUUAAGUCUUACUCGUGAGUUUACACUCAUCAAAGUUCAUAUAAAACACCAACAGAGUCGUGCUUUUGAGUCAAGAGUAAAACAUAGGACUCUCUCUCGCAUUUUCUUCUCUGGUCGACGAUGAUGUCCAGGCUACGACUGUAUCUAUGUCUGAUCCUAACUGUAUGGUUCUUGUGUAUCAUCUGUUCGGUUCAUGUGGUUAGAGCUCAAAACCGUACUGGGGCCUCUACUCAUCCCAACGAAGCGCGUGCAUUGAACUCCAUCUUCGCGAAAUGGAAGAUUCAUGCGCCGAGGGAAUGGAACAUCAGCGGCGAGCUUUGCUCCGGCGCGGCCAUAGACGACGGUGUCACCAUCGACAGUCGUGCAUAUAACCCUCUGAUCAAAUGCGACUGUAAUUUCGUCAACUCCACAAUAUGCCGCAUCACUGCACUGAAGGUUUAUGCGAUAGAUGUUGUAGGAACUAUACCUGAAGAGCUCUGGACUUUGGAAUACCUCACAAACCUGAACUUGGGUCAAAACUAUCUGACAGGACCAUUGUCUCGUGCAAUUGGAAACCUGACGAGAAUGGAAUGGCUGACUUUUGGGAUCAAUGCGUUGUCUGGCCCUAUCCCUAAGGAAAUUGGUUUGCUUAGAGAGUUAAAAUCGCUUGCUGUUAGUUCAAAUAACUUUUCCGGUUCUAUCCCAGCUGAGAUUGGGAGUUGUACAAAGCUACAACAAAUCUACAUAGAUAGUUCUGGACUCAGUGGGGAAAUACCCUUGUCAUUUGCUAAUCUUGUGGAUCUGCAAGUUGUUUGGAUGAUGGAUCUGGAAGUUACAGGUCGGAUACCAGACUUUAUAGGAAACUGGACCAAACUUGUUUCCUUGAGAAUUCUCGGAACUGGUUUGAGUGGUCCGAUACCGUCGUCAUUUUCUAACUUAGCUUCUCUGACAGAACUGAGGCUAGGUGAUAUAUCUAAUGGAAGCUCUUCUCUUGAAUUCAUCAAAACCAUGAAAUCUCUAAGUAUAUUAGUAUUGAGGAACAGCAAUCUUGAAGGGACAAUACCCUCUAACAUUGGAGAAUACUCAAGUUUGCUACAAGUUGAUUUAAGCUUCAACAAACUACAUGGACCAAUACCGACUUCACUUUUCAACUUAAGUCGACUUAGUCACUUGUUUCUGGGAAACAACAAGUUGAUUGGUUCCUUGCCCACUCAAAAGAGCCAGUCUUUGAAAAAUAUAGAUGUGUCGUACAAUAAUUUGUCUGGAAGUCUUCCUUCAUGGGUCAGCUUACCAAACUUGAAACUCAACCUAGUCGCUAACAACUUCACACUGAAAGGUCUUAACAAGAGAGUUUUACCAGGACUGAAAUGCAUGCAGAAGAACUUCCCAUGCAAUAGGGGAAAAGGCAUCUAUUCUGACUUUUCGAUCAACUGCGGAGGGCCAGAGAUAAGGUCUGUUAGCGGAGCACUAUUUGAGAAGGAGGACGAGGAUCUUGGACCAGCUUCGUUCUUCGUGAGUGCUUCUCAGAGAUGGGCAGCCAGUAGCGUAGGACUUUUUGCCGGAAGCAGCAAUAAUAUAUACAUAGCUACUUCACAAUCACAAUUCGUCAACACUUUGGACUCGGAGCUUUUUCAGUCAGCAAGACUCUCUGCAUCUUCCCUAAGGUAUUACGGGUUGGGGCUAGAAAAUGGAGGCUAUACAGUGACAAUUCAGUUUGCUGAAAUACAAAUGAUAGGUUCCAACACUUGGAGAGGUGUUGCAAGAAGAAGAUUUGACAUUUAUGUCCAGGGAAAACUUGUUGAAAAGGAUUUCGAUGUACGGGGAACAGCUGGUGGCUCUAAUCUUAGAGCUGUUCAGAGAGAAUAUAAAGCAAAUGUAUCAGAAAAUUACCUCGAAGUUCAUCUUUUCUGGGCUGGAAAAGGGACAUGCUGUAUUCCGAUUCAGGGGGCUUAUGGGCCAUUAGUAUCAGCCGUUAGUGCAACACCAGAUUUUACUCCAACUGUGGUUAAUAUACCGCCAUCAAAGGGAAAGAACAGGACUGGUACUAUUGUUAGUGUCUGAUACUCUUUUUACUAAGGCUAAGACUGGCGUCAGAGGCUUUGCCGUUGAUAUCUCAUCUUCUAAUAUACACAAUCAUAGUGUUGUUCUUCGGGUUUAUGCAUUUUCUGUUUAACCUUUGGGUUGUUGAGCUGGUGUUCAUCUGUAGCUCGUUGUAAUCGGAUUAUUGGUGUUAUUUUUCUACAAAUUAAUAUGAAUAUAGCCUUUAUUA